AUGUCCAAGCCAGUACACGACUAUACGGACCUGAGCCGCAUGCAGCUCUACACGAGCUUUGCGCUCGUGACUUCUCUGUUUUUCCUCUGGGGUUUCAGCUACGGCCUGCUUGACGUUCUCAAUCAACACUUCUUGACCGUGUUCCAGCUCAAGAGCAAGACCGAGACGACCAUGCUCCAGUUCGCCUACUUUAUUUCGUACCUUAUCGUCGCGCCGCCCAUGGGCCUGUUUAUGCGCAAGUACGGAUACAAACUCGGCAUCCACGUCGGACUGGGCAUUUUCGCGACUGGUGCAGUGCUAUUCUGGCCGAGUGCCAAAUACCGCCAGUAUGGAAUGUUUGUGGCAUUUACCUUUGUGGCGGGCUCGGGUCUCGCCACACUCGAAGUGGCCGCCAACACUUACAUUACACUGUUAGGCCCGCCUAGGUACGCCGCUUUACGUCUCACACUGGCCCAGGGCUUCAAUGGCAUUGCCACCGUCAUCGGGCCGAUCAUCGCCUCUCAUGCCUUCUUUAAAGGCGAGAAUGCGACCCAACUCGGCACUGUGCAGUACGUAUACCUGGCCAUGGCGUGCUUUGCGACGCUCCUUAACAUAAUCUUGAUCUUCAUAAAGCUCCCAGAGGUGCGGCAGGCUGUGACGGACGAAGAUCUCGAAAAACUCAAAAGUGGCGGGUGGAAAGGUUUCUUCAAGAUGCACCACACGACGUGGGGGAUCUUCGCCGAGUUCUGCUAUGUUGGAGGACAAGUCGCCGUGGCAGCAACUGCUAUCUUCUACUUUGUGCACCAGCCCGGCCUUAAUCCCCCCAUCAGCGCCUCGCUCGCUUCGAACCUCUUCGCCGCGUGCCAGGCGACUUUUACAGCCGGCCGCUUUAUCGCCGUCAUCUACCUACGCUGGAUCGACCCGGCCUUUAGCCUUUUUGUGCACGGGUUCAUGCUCGUGCUCUUUUCCAUCCUUACCGCGACGAUUGACGGGGCAGGAGGAAUCGCUUGCCUCUUUGUCGUCUUCCUUUUCGAGAGCCACUGCUACCCCGUCAUUUUCGCACUCGCGUCCUCCAAUCUCGGCCCCUACACCGUUAUAGGUGGCGCCCUGACCGCUGCCGGUGUCUCUGGCGGUGCAUGGUACCCCGCUGCACAGGCUGCCCUCGCAGAUAGAGCCACCACGCAGAUCUCAUACCUGGUGGCCAUGACUGGGUUCAUUCCCCUCAUGAUCUAUGGUGGUGUUAUGUGGUUGCAUCGCUGCCAUAAGCACGGCAAGUACUCGAUCUGGGUCAAGGACCUUGAGGGCGCCGACGCGGAACACAUCGAGACCGACCUGCGCCGGCAUUCCAUGGCCCGGCAGAUGAGCGUCGACACUCACGGGGAGGGCAAGCGCGAGAACUCGUUCCUCGAGCACGAGGUCAACACUACGCCCAAGAUGAGAGGCACCGUUGGCAACCUGUAG